UGACCCUUCAGUGUUUUGAAUCUAUGGAACCGGAACCAACAUGGGAGGAGCUGCUGGGGAGCAACAACUGGGAAGGUCUACUGGAGCCUCUGAACCUCACUCUCCGGCGACUCAUUCUCCGGUGCGGCGACUUCUGCCAAGCCACCUACGACGCCUUCAACAACGACGCCCACUCCAAGUUCGCCGGAACCAGCCGCUACGGCAAAAACUCCUUCUUCCAAAAAGUCAUGCUCCAAUCCGCCGAUGACUACACAGUCGCCGCCUUCCUCUACGCCACAGCCCAAGUCGGCGUCCCGGAGGCUCUGUUCCUCCACUCCCUCUCCCGCGAAUCCUGGGACCGCGAGUCCAAUUGGAUCGGCUAUAUCGCCGUCACCUCCGACGCCGUAAGCGAAACGCUCGGCCGCCGCGAAAUCUACGUGGCGUUUCGCGGCACCACCAGGGACUACGAGUGGAUCAACGUGUUGGGCGCCAAGCCGGAGGCCGCAGAGCCCCUGCUCCGCCCCAAAUCUUUGAGAAAAGGUUCUCGUAUCAGCAACAGUAACAAUUCCGGCAGCAGUAGUGACAGUGAUGAUGAUGAUGAAGAAGUUCCCAAAGUCAUGAAAGGUUGGCUCAAAAUCUAUGUUUCAAACGAUCCAAACUCAGAAUUCACUAAGCUAAGUGCCAGGGAACAACUCCAAACUAAGAUCGAAGAUCUUAGGAGCGAAUACAAAGAUGAAAACCUGAGCAUAACACUCACAGGGCACAGUCUAGGCGCCAGCUUAUCAAUUCUAGCCGCCUUCGAUUUAUGCGAGAACGGCGUGACUGAUAUUCCGGUGACGGCCAUCGUCUUCGGCAGCCCCCAAGUCGGCAACAAAGUGUUCAACCAAGCCAUGAACCAAUUCACCAACCUCAAGAUCCUGCACGUGCGCAACAAGAUUGAUCUGAUACCGCAUUACCCGAGCAGCAUACUCGGGUACGCGAAAUCGGGGACAGAGCUGGUGAUUGAUACCCGGAAAUCGCCGAGCUUGAAGGACUCGAAGAACCCGAGCGAUUGGCACAAUUUGCAGGCGAUGCUUCACGUGGUGGCUGGGUGGAAUGGGGAAGAUGGGGAAUUUGAGAUGAAGGUGAAGAGGAGUUUGUCGCUUGUGAAUAAGUCCAGUGGGUUCUUGAAAGAUGAGUGCUUGGUUCCGGAGUCAUGGUGGGUGGAGAAGAAUAAAGGAAUGGUUGUUGAUGACAAUGGAGACUGGGUUUUGGCUUCACCUGGAGAUGAGGACCUACCUGUCCCUGAAUAUUAAUCAUUUGCCAAUUCCACUCUAGCUUUUUGUUUAAUUAAUACAAACUUUUAUAUAUUUUUAAAAUGUGUGAUGUAAAUUUGUAUUUAUUGUCUUCCACUUGUAUAUAAUAUAUGGAAUAUAGAUAGUAUUUUACAUAAAACGAAAUUAUGGGAUGACUGUAUAUUGGGCUUGCAUGAGUUUGAGCAUGU